CCCGGGCACAUGGACACUCACACACUGCGCAAACCUGCGUGGAUGUGACGCGUGUGAUUCGGUGAAAAACAAGGAGAAGACGACGCUGAGGAAACUGAAGUAACUUUCCCUGCUGUGUCUGCGUGGAUCUUCAUCAUCACCAUCAUCAUCAUCAUCAGAUUCCUCAUGAAGGUUCACUGCAGCUGAGCGAGUUUACUGCACUGGAGUUGGGAUUAAGAUCUGCGUGCACCGGGAGUCACCGGGAUUUACCGGGAAUCACCGGGAAUAAUUAUGUGGACGCCGACGGAAGACGAGAAGAUCGGAGUGGUGAUCUGCUGCUUCCGAGGUUCGGUGACUCAGGGUUUGGCUCUGGAGGUCGGAGAGACGGUUCAGAUUCUGGAGAAGUGUGAAGGAUGGUACAGAGGAUUUUCAACGAGGAAGCCAAACGUGAAGGGAGUUUUUCCCGCCGACUACGUUCACCUGAAGAAAGCCGUCGUCACCAAUCGAGGUCCUCAUGAGACGGUGGUUCCUCUUGAAGACCCCAUCGUCACCGAGGUGACGGCCACGCUGCAGGAAUGGGCGUUACUGUGGAAACAGCUCUACGUGAAGCACAAGGUCGAUCUGUUCUACAAGGUUCGUCAUGUGAUGAUGGAGCUGAUCGACCUGAGGAGGCAGCUCCUGUCUGGUCACCUGACCCAGGACCAGAGCCGAGACGUCAAGAGACACAUCACUGUCAGACUGGACUGGGGCAACGAACACCUCGGUCUGGAUUUGGUCCCAAGAAAAGAGUUUGAGAUGGUGGACGAGGACCAGAUAAGUGUCUCCGAUCUCUAUAAAAUGCAUCUGUCAAGCAGACACAGUGUCCAGCAGAGUACAACACAGAGCGACGGUACGCGGCAGAGACACGGGGACCCAAGCCGAGUCCCAGUCCCACACCACCUACUGGUCAACCUGAAGAGCUUCACCUACAACAGCAUUGGAGAGGACACAGACAUUUUCUUCUCACUGUACGACCUGAGAGAGGGGAAGACUAUCAGUGAAAAGUUCAUGGUGAGACUGAACAAGAACGGAGGACCAAAGAAUCCAGAGAAGGUGGACAGACUGUGUGCACUGUUCACGGAUCUGAGCAACAAAGACAUGAAGCGAGAUCUUUACAUUGUGUCUCAGGUCAUCAGGACAGGUCGUAUGUUGCUGAACGACAGUAAGAAGGGUCCGCCUCACGUCCAGUACCGCCGGCCGUACGGCUGCGCAGUGCUGGCCAUGAGCGACGUCCUGCAGACCAUCUCUGAACUCAAGGAGGAGAAAGACUUUGUCCUCAAGGUUUACACGUGUAACAAUGAGAACGAGUGGUACCAGAUCCACGAGAACAUCAUCCGCAAGUCCAGCACCAAGUACACUGCUCCCACCACCAACUAUGGUCUGAUCAUCUCUCUGCAGCUGCUGCGCGGUGACAUGGAGCAGGUUCGCCGGGAGAACCCGCUCAUUUUCACCAGGGGCGUGGCCAUCACACGCAAACUGGGGUUUCCAGACGUCAUCAUGCCCGGCGACAUCCGCAACGACCUGUACCUGACGCUGGAGCGAGGGGACUUUGAGAGAGGAGGGAAGAGCGUUCAGAAGAACAUCGAAGUCACCAUUUACGUGCUUUACGCCGAUGGAGAAAUUCUCAAGGAUUGCAUCAGUGUGGGUUCGGGGGAGCCCAGCGUACCCGAGCAUCGCUCCUUCGUUCUCUAUCACAACAACGGCCCGCGGUGGAGUGAGGUCAUCAAACUGCCGAUUCCCAUCGACCGCUUCAGAGGCUCGCACAUACGCUUCGAGUUCAGACACUGCUCCACGAAGGACAAAGGAGAGAAGAAGCUGUUUGGGUUUUCCUUCACUCCUCUGAUGAGGGAGGACGGUACGACUCUUUCAGACGAGAGCCACGAACUCUACGUUUACAAGUGUGACGAGAACACCACCUUCAGUAACCACGCCCUCUACCUGGGCCUGCCCUGCUGUAAGGAGGACUUCAGCAGCUGCCCCAGUAUUCCCUCCAGCCUCGUCUUCCAGCGCAGCGCCAAGGAGUCCUUCUGGAUCUCCACACAGCUCUCGUCCACCAAGCUCACACAGAAUGUCGACCUCCUGGCUCUGCUCAAGUGGAAAGCUCAUCCGGACCGGGUCAUGGACAUUCUGGGCCGACUGAGACACGUCAGCGGAGAAGAGAUCGUCAAGUUUCUCCAAGACAUUCUGGACACCUUAUUCUCCAUCUUGGACGACAACACGGAUAAAUAUGGACCUCUGGUGUUCCAGUCACUGGUGUUCAUCAUAAAUCUGCUCAGAGACGGUAAAUAUUACCACUUCAGACCCGUCAUGGACACGUACAUACAGAAACACUUCGCUGGAGCUUUGGCCUACAAAGAGUUGAUCCGCUGUCUGAAGUGGUACAUGGAUCGCUCAGCUGAGGUGGUGAGACAGGAUCACAUACAGGAGGCCAUGAGGGCCCUGGAGUAUCUGUUUAAGUUCAUCGUGCAGUCCCGGGUCCUUUACUCUCGCGCCACCUGUGGUAUGGAGGAGGAACUGUUCCGCACCAGCAUCCAGGAACUCUUCCAGUCCAUCCGCUUUGUCCUCAGCCUGGACAGUCGCAACUCUGAGACGCUCAUCUUCACACAGGCCGCCCUCUUGAACUCGUUCCCCGCCGUCUUCGACGAGCUGCUGCAGAUGUUCACGGUGCAGGAGGUGGCGGAGUUUGUGCGUGGCACACUGGGCAGCAUGCCGUCCACCGUCCACAUCGGACAGUCCAUGGACGUGGUGAAGCUGCAGUCCAUCGCCCGCACGGUGGACAGCAGGCUCUUCUCGUUCCCAGAGUCUCGGCGGAUCCUCCUCCCUGUGGUUCUACAUCACAUCCAUCUUCACCUGAGGCAACAGAAAGAGCUGCUCAUCUGCUCCGGGAUUCUCAGCUCCAUAUUAUCUAUUAUCAAGACCAGCUCACUGGACACGUCGGUGCAGGAGGAGGUGGAGAUGAUGGUGGAGUCUCUGCUGGACGUCCUCCUGCAGACACUGCUGUCCAUCAUGAGCAAGAGCCAAUCGCAGGAGGCGGUAAGGGGUCAACGCUGUCCGCAGUGCACCGCGGAGAUCACUGGAGAGUACGUGUCCUGUCUCCUGUCCCUCCUCCGACAGAUGACGGACGUCCACUUCCAGCACCUGAUGGACAACUUUCAGAGCAAAGACGAGCUGAAGGAAUUCCUGCUGAAGAUUUUGUGCGUGUUCAGGAAUCUGAUGAAGCUCAGCAUUUUUCCUCGUGACUGGAAUGUCAUGAGACUCCUCACCAGCAACAUCAUCCUCACCACAGCUCAGUAUCUGUCUCCUGCUCUUCACAAGAACUUCACUGAGGCUGAGUUUGACUUUAAGGUGUGGAACUCGUACUUCAGUCUGGCUGUCCUCUACAUCAACCAGCCCAGUCUACAGCUGGAAAACCUGAGUUCUGCCAAGAGGAAGAAGGCUCUGGACAAGUACGGUGACAUGAGAGUGAUGAUGACCUACGAACUCUUCAGCAUGUGGCAGAACCUGGGUGAGAAUAAGAUCCACUUCAUUCCCGGGAUGAUCGGCCCGUUCCUGGGAGUGACGCUGGUUCCUCAGGUGGAGGUGAGAAACGUCAUGAUUCCCAUCUUCCACGAUAUGAUGGACUGGGAACAACGCAAGAACGGGAACUUCAAACAGGUGGAGGCUGAACUGAUCGAUAAACUGGACAGUUUGGUGUCUGAAGGCAAAGGUGAUGAGAACUACAGAGAGCUCUUCAGUCUGCUAACCCAGCUGUUUGGGCCUUACCCCAGUCUGCUGGAGAAGAUUGAGCAGGAGACGUGGAGGGAGACAGGAGUGUCCUUCGUUACCUCGGUAACACGGCUGAUGGAGCGACUGCUGGACUACCGUGACUGCAUGAAAGGAGACGAGACGGAGAACAAGAAGAUCGGCUGCACCGUCAACCUCCUGAACUUCUACAAGUCCGAGAUCAACAAGGAGGAGAUGUACAUCCGCUACAUCCACAAGCUGUGUGACAUGCAUCUACAGGCGGAGAACUACACCGAGGCCGCGUUCACUCUGCUCUUGUACUGGGAGCUGCUGCACUGGGACGAGCGGCCGCUCAAAGAGUUCCUUCACUAUCCUGCUCAGAGUGAGUGGCAUCGCAAAGAGGGGCUCUGUCGAAAGGUCAUCCACUACUUCAACAAGGGAAAGAAAAUGGAGGCAGCAUAUUAUGACAACAUCAUGGAGCAGCAGCGUCUGGAGCCGGAGUUCUUCAGGGUGGGAUUUUACGGCAGGAAGUUUCCCUUCUUCCUCAGAAACAAGGAGUUUGUGUGUCGUGGCCACGACUACGAGAGGUUAGAGGCCUUCCAGCAAAGGAUGCUGGGAGAAUUCCCACAAGCCAUUGCGAUGCAGCACCCCAAUCAGCCGGACGAGGCCAUUCUGCAGUGUGACGCGCAGUAUCUCCAGAUCUACGCAGUGACCCCGGUGCCAGACGGCGUCAGCGUGCUCCAGAUGGACAGAGUACCGGACCGCAUCAAGAGCUUCUACCGGGUCAACAACGUCCGCCGCUUCCGUUACGACCGGCCGUUCCACAAAGGACCCAAAGACCGAGACAAUGAGUUCAAGAGUCUGUGGAUUGAGAGGACCACACUGAUCCUCACUCACCCUCUGCCCGGCAUCUCUCGCUGGUUUGAGGUGGAGAAGCGAGAGCUGGUGGAGGUGAGUCCGUUGGAAAACGCCGUGUCUGUGGUGGAGAACAAGAACCAGGAGCUGCGGACGCUGAUCAGUCAGUACCAACACAAGCAGCUGCACGGCAACAUCAACCUGCUCAGCAUGACGCUGAACGGCGUCAUUGACGCCGCCGUCAAUGGAGGCAUCGCAAGAUACCAAGAGGCUUUCUUUGAUAAAGACUACAUCAACAGUCAUCCUGAAGACACAGAGAAGAUCACACAACUCAAAGAUCUGAUGCAGGAGCAGGUUCACAUCCUCGGGGUCGGCCUGGCGGUACACGAGAAGCUGGUGCACCCGGAAAUGCGCCCCCUGCACAAAAAGCUGAUCGAUCAGUUCCAGAUGAUGAGGAGCAGCCUCUUCCACGGUUUGCCUGGUAUAGACAGAACCGGCUCAGGAGCCAACACUCCCAGAGGGAUCCUGGCGUCUCACAGCCCCAUGAGCCCCGAGAGCUUCAAACUCAUGCACCGACACAGCCCGAUAGCUGUUUUGACUCCAGUGCGAAACUCCUCCUCCUCUCUCUCCUCGCACAACUCCAGUGAGAUGGGGAACGUUGGGAAUCUGCUGAUCCUGGCUGACGGCGUGGUGGUGGAGCAUCCUGAAGACUUCUACCGCAUGCAGCCAAGCCCUUCCUCCUCCAGCCUGAGCUCCACCCACUCUGCACCCUCUCAGAUGAUAAACUCCGCCCCAUCGACAAUCAGAGUGGGUUCUCCUUCUCUACCAGACAAAUACAGACACAACAGAGAAAUGUUGAUGCUGCUGCCGCCGCACAGAGACCGACCGAGCAGCGCCAUGUACUCCAACAUCACAGACAACGGACAGCAGAUGAACUUCCAGAGAGCUUUGUUCCAUCAGGUGAUCGGUCCAUGUAAACCGUGCAGUGAUCCCAACCUGUCUGUGGCUGAGAAAGUCCUGACCACUCCCAGUAGUUGGAGUUUGGACAGUGGAACCAGAGAAGCUCUUCCCUUCCUCUCUGCUCACGUUGCCAGUGUCACAGCGCCUCCUGUUCCCCCGCGCAACCUGCCUCAUGGCCAACACCCGCCGAUGCACUUUGACGCUUUCCACCAGCAGGUCAGCGACCUCCCUCCAGCUCUCCCCGCGCGCUCCUUAAGAAAGUCUCCCCUUCACCCUAUACCUGCCUCGCCCACCAGUCCUCAGUCCAUCCUGGAUGGCAGUAACUCCACGUUAUCGGGCAGUGCCAGCUCUGGAGUCUCCUCCCUCAGCGAGAGUAACUUUGGUGGCCCGGCCUCCUCCUCCGACCCUCCAGCCAGUCGCACGGACACCCUGGAGUCCGCCCCCAGCAGCCAGGUCUGGACCACCGACCAGGAGGACCUGGACUCGCCCUACCAGCCCGUCAGGUACAGCGCCUCCGAGACCGAGGUCCUGGACGGAGCCAAACCCCUUCCCUGUCGCAGCCAGUCCGCCCCGGGAGGAGUCACCCCAGGUUCAGCCUCCACCCCACUGCAGCAGCAGCAGCAGCAGCAGCAGCAGGAGCACCCUCUCCACCUCUACUACCACCACCACCACUUCCUCCCGCACUACCUCCCCCACCACCCGCCUCUCUACCAACUCCACGAGCCGCCCCCAGCCCUGCCCCCCAAGCCCUACCUCAGAGAGGGGUGUAUCCCUGAAGAGGACGCCCUCAACUCCCAGUCUCCGCCUCCGCCACCUGCACCGCGACCCAUGCCGCGGAAAAUCUCCCAGCCCAUCAUCACGGCCACCAAGGACGAGCAGGCCAAGGUGGCGUGGGAGCACGGCAUCGGAGAGGAGUGAGACGUCAACAGAGGAUCUGUGUAAAAAAAAAAAACUCUUUUCGGAGAAGACAUGGAAAUGUGAGAGAGGAAGAGACUCCGCCCACUCGUCCUGCUCCGAUAACCAAACACUGAUGAGGUAAAAGCUUGAAGGUUAAAAAUGACGCGUUUACAACUCAACGUCGCUGGAUUUGUUCAGAUUAUUAGCGUUAGUCCAAUCCAGACUCAUCGUGAUUCGUCCGUCAAACUUUUUCGUUUUUUUUUGUCAUUGAUUUGCAUCAAUUAACGUUAAUUUUAAUCGCACUGAUAUCUAAUGACAGUCAAACGACUUUAAGGCACUUUAAGAGAACAUUAUUGUAUUACUGUUAUAUAACAAAUGUUAUAUAACAAAUUUCCACAUUUGUAAAAAAAACAAAUGUGGAAAAACAGAGUGAGGCUUAAAGCUGCUGUCAGUGACUUAGCUAACGUGCCGCUGGAGGCGGGGCAUUUAUUCACCGACAAACAAUCACAUGAGAAAAGGGAUGGAUGUUGAAAAAGAGUUGAUGAUGACAUUGUUUUCUUUUGUCGCAUAAAUUACAAGAAAAAGUUGUGUGUUUUAAAUUCAAAAUGGCCGACUUCCUGUUGGGUCAGACUCAGUCUUUUGUGUCACGUAUGACGUUUCAAGCGCAUCGGUCAAUGUGUGGCAAAGUUAUAGGGCACUUCCUGUUUGUUGGCAAAUAGUCGCCAAAAUUCCAAUGGUUGCCGUGGCCACGCCCUUUUGAAUCCGCAAGACCUUUUGAUAACUUUUCACCUUUGAUGUGUCUCGUACAGAUUGACACGUGUUGGUACGAUAAUCGCGCUCAGACGAGUUCAUUCAUUUACGAAAGCGUGCAAAUCGCAAAGAUGAAUGCCAAAUUCAAAAUGGACGACUUCCUGUUGCAUUGAGGCCAUGGUCCCAAU